AUGCCCGGUGAACCUCAAGCCGCGAAAAAGCGGCGCGUCCUCCCCUUCAAUCCUCCCAGCCGCGCCUCCAACGCGGGGCCAUCAACAUCCGCGCCGAAAGCCAAAAGCAAAGCAAAACCAAGCAACAAAGUCUCAUCAGCAUCGGCAUCCAAGACAGCCAAGCUCGAAUCAAAGCCCACAACCUCCAAGAAACGCGCGCGUGCCGAGUCCCCUCCAACAGCGGAAUCAGCCUCCGACGCCGCGUCUCAGUCCGAAGAUGAGGAUGAGUCCAAUCGCAGUCGCGACCGCUCGCUCUCCCAGGAACCAGAUUAUAUUCUUGCCGAGAUCACCUCUGCCCAGCAAGGGGACGACGUGACGUCGGGUGACCCGGCUAUACCCCCGAAACUGUUGACGAAGCUGCUCCACCACCAUUUCCAGAGCGAAAAGACCAAGGUCGCUAAAGAUGCCAAUGGGGUCGUUGCUAAGUAUGUCGAUGUUUUUGUGAGGGAGGCUAUUGCACGCGCUGCCUUUGAGAGGGCCGAGACGGAUGACCAGGCUGGUGGGAGGGGCGCUGGGGACGGUUUUUUGGAGGUGGAAGACCUCGAGAAAAUGGCACCGCAGCUUACGAUGGAUUUCUAA